CGCCUCCGUCCGGGCUGCGGCCCCUGCCGGUUACAUAACUCGUUUCGGGUUCCGCGCGGCCCCACUUUUCGGCAGCCCACGACCCCAGGAUGCUUUGAGCCCCACGACGGCGUCCGCUGCCGCCGGCUCCCCUCCGAGGUGUGAAUGACAGAGGUGGUGCCAUCCAGCGCCCUCAGCGAGGUCAGCCUACGCCUCCUCUGCCACGAUGACAUAGACACCGUGAAGCAUCUGUGCGGUGACUGGUUCCCCAUCGAGUACCCAGACUCAUGGUAUCGUGAUAUCACCUCCAACAAGAAGUUCUUUUCCCUUGCCGCAACCUACAGGGGCGCCAUCGUGGGAAUGAUAGUAGCCGAGAUAAAAAGUAGGAGCAAGAUACACAAGGAGGAUGGAGAUAUUCUAGCCUCCAACUUCUCUGUUGACACCCAGGUUGCGUACAUUCUAAGUCUGGGAGUAGUGAAGGAGUUCAGGAAGCAUGGCAUAGGUUCCCUUUUACUUGAGAGUUUGAAGGAUCACAUAUCAACCACCGCCCAGGACCACUGCAAAGCCAUCUACCUGCACGUCCUCACCACCAACAACACAGCAAUAAACUUCUAUGAAAACAGAGACUUUAAGCAACAUCACUAUCUCCCCUAUUACUACUCCAUCCGAGGGGUCCUCAAAGAUGGCUUCACCUAUGUGCUCUACAUCAACGGCGGUCACCCUCCCUGGACAAUCCUGGACUACAUCCAACACCUGGGCUCCGCGCUAGCAAACCUGAGCCCUUGCUCCAUCCCGCACAGGAUCUACCGUCAGGCCCACAGCCUGCUCUGCAGCUUCCUGCCGUGGUCUGGCAUCUCCAGCAAGGGCGGCAUUGCCUACAGCCGGACCAUGUGAUGCCAGCUGGGCGACCGCCAGCAGGCCCCGCCCUUCGGCACCCCGCAGAACCCGCCUUCCUGGCUGUCGGACUUCUGUCUUCUGCAGAGGAGCCGGUGACCCCUGGCCGGGCCCGCUGGCCUGCCCCAGCUGCCGGCGGGGUGCUACGCAGGCUCGGAGCAGAGCAUCGUGGGCACACCUGGACUCUGACAGGAAUGCAUUCACAUGGUUCAAAAAUGGAGAAGGCACCAAAAGAUGAAGCUGCUCCUCCCGCUGGCCCCAACCACUCAGCUGCCCUCCUUCCGCAUCGUCCCACGCGCCAGGUCUGCUUUGGCAGCAGCCGCUUGGGGCAGGGGCCUGGUAAACCAGAGCUCUGCUCAGGUGCGCCCACUUCUGAGGUCAUGAGUGCCACAGAGAGCGAUCUCUCAGACCUCCGAGCCACAAGGGGUCACACGGACUGCCAGGCCCACACCCUGGUGCUUGGACGCAGCCCAGAGCACGUGGGUGCUGGGGGACUCAUGAGGAGGCACUGCACGACCACCUGGGCUGGAUUCCCCCCAUCUGUGCCUUGAUCUGUGUGCAGACUGGGAGGGACUCCGGGCCUGGAGGGCUCGUGCUCCAGGCUAGAGCAGGACAUCUCCCUGGGGGCCUUCACCCCUGCUCCCCUCUUCUUUCCCACAGGCUCUUCCAGCCCUCUUUCCUUUUCUGGUAACCUCCGGAAACCUCCGCCUCUGCCUGCGUGCGCCCUGGUCCCGCCUUCAUGCGCGUGCGCCAGCCCCACUGGCCGGCUGGGCUGUGGCGGCGUUCACUGUGGUCUGUUUCCUCCUCUGAUCCCUCCCCCUCCACUGCUGGUUCCUUCUAGCUCCUUCCUCUAGAGCCGGAAUGAACUUUUAUUGGAAGGGAGGAACCCAGGUGUUAGGGACAGACCUCACCUAAAGACAGGGGAGCCUCAGAACAACAAGGGGGUGAAAGGGAAUGCCAGAUCCUUGUCCAAAACCAGCCCGCAGAAGCCUGGGGGGGGGGAGCAGUCCCUGCCUCUCUGUGAGGGGCUGUCGCUUGGUGGGCGGAGCCCAGAGGCUUUUCACCCAAGCACAGAUCUCGUGUUGGGUCCAUGGUCAAAGGAGCGAGACUGAUACAAAGCAAAGGUCAAGCAAAGCUUUAUUUCGCGCCAAGCAUCAAGAAUCAAACUGACCGGCCCGGGCCGUCUCUUGCUAGAGGCGACCCCUCCCAGCCUCACAGACUAACUGUUAUAGAGCGAAGGCCCUGUGGUUGAGCCUGGCCACACACAGGUGGCCAGAUGAAUUCACCCUAUAGUAGUUAUUUGACUCAGCCUAUGACCUUGGCUAGAAUUGGCGCCUUUGUCUGGCGACUAAAAGGCGGGGCUCCCACUUCUUGGCGGGUAAUACGUGCGCUUUCACGUCCUUGGAUCUGGGCUCCGUUAUCUCUGCUCAGCCUGACAUGUCCUGGUAUCUGCGCUCCGUUAUUGGGGCUAUUUGGCCGUAUUUUACCAGCCAGCCAUAUUUCAUCGGUUCUGUUUCUAAGCGCUUUGCUCUUGGGGGAAGGGGCAGGUUCAAUCUAAGUUUAUUGCAUAAACAAUAAAAUGGCUCGCUCUGGCUAAGCAGGCCCUUACACUCAGGGGCUUAGACCCUGACGCGGGAGGUCAAGCCCUCCGGUGCCCUCCUGCUGAGGGCUUCUGGCUGUCUUGGGGAGUGCGGAUCUGCCUAUUAGAUGGCAGGUGUUGGCUCACCUGAGCUGUCCCCAAAGCUGGGCUGAGGACAGGGGCAGUGAGGUUCCCGGGGGUCCCCUCCCCAGCCCCCAAGUCCAUGAGCUAUAGCUCCCAAGAUGCAGACAGGAGGAAGUCGAGUGCUCUCGAUCCAAUGGGGCCCGGCCUUUGGGGCUGGGGGCCAUCACGUGCCUUGCAGCCCCUCAGUCCCCAGGGGCAGAGACAGGAGAAGCUGUCAGAGCCAGGAAGUGCGCGUGCAAACCUCACUGGCUUCUGGCGUCACCCUGACCCCCACCCCCCGCCGCUUGCCGCCUGCCCUGCCCUCUGCAAUAGAGGGGGUGGCGGUCAUGCCCAGUGUUGCUGUGGUGUUAUGGAGCCAUGGCCGCGGUGCGCCGGCCUUAGGGCAGGAGAAGGGGGAGCAACCAGGCCGGGGGCCGAGGGCCGAGGGACUGCCACACUCCCCUCCCCCAGAACUGCCCAGCCUGGGGCCGCCUCCACUCUCCGGGUGGGAGAAAGGUGUUCUCAAGAGGAGGGCGAGCCCUGGGCUGGAGAAGCACUUCUCCUCCUCCAACCACCUUCUGACUGGCAGCACCCCCCUCAGGGACAGGUCCCCGGCUCGCUGACCUGUCCCCACCUCUGCACUGACCUUGGCGACAUGCUGAGACCCAGCUUGGUGUUCUGUCUCAUCUGAAUCAACGGUGACGUGUGAUUUUUAUUUCUGCCCCGGGGGUCAGGAAGAGUCUUCUGGAAGGUUUUGCCUUGGACAUUCAUAAUCAAGCUCAGAGGCCUUGCCCUGCCCUUCUGUCCCUGCCCCCAACCACUGCAGCGUCCAGCCUGUGUUGAACAGAUUGUAGUGUUUUGUCUCAUUACAAAUAAACAGACUUUAAUUGGU